UUGUCUCAUAGCAUUCAGGAGGUUGAUUUCUGCUCUGUUCCCGGCCCUCUCUGCACCGAGCUACCAUUUUAUAUCCAAGCAGUGGUCAAGAGUACACAGCUGAGCCGAGACAAUCGUCUGUUUUUCUUGCUUAUUGCAUUUGAAAGAACUGUUUUAAUCGUCUAUGAAAGGACAACAUCAACAUUAACAUUAUUCGAUUCACAUAUGCAUGGACAAUCUGAUGGAGCUGUCAUAGCAACUGGACAUAGUGACAAUAUUGGCGAUCUUUGUCAGUGGCUCUCCCACUACAUAUUCCAUGAAACGCAAUCGCAGAAUGAUCGCAACAGGGAAUUCGAAAUUUCUCUCAUCCGUUUUUGUGGCAAACCUUUUAACAACGAUUGCUGCCUCCCAGCAACAACCACUCCCUAUGAAUUUCCUGUCUUCGCAACAGCGAGAAGAAGAAGAAAACGCCGCCUGGACACCAAAGCUACCAUGAAGGUGCUGAAGCAUGCAAAAACGGAAAUGGACCGUAGUGAAGGGCCAGAAGGCCUACGGGCCUCUACAUGCCCACGGCCACAGACUGUCAUUCCUCUUGCUUCACUUAGUAAUCUACGCUCACGUGUGUAG